AUGAUCUGGCCUGCGCGGCGGCUGGCAGAUGUGCAGGUGGUGGGCGUGGCGGCGCGCGACCCGGUGCGAGCCGAGGCGUACGCACGGCGGCACGGCUAUGUGGCGCUGCCCAACGGCCUGCAUGGCGAGUGGGCGGCGGCGGCACUGCGGGCGGGCAAGCACGUGCUGUGUGAGAAGCCGUUCACAGCCAACGCGCAGGAGGCACGCCAUGUGAUGGGCAUCGCGCGGUCCUCUGGCCUGGUGUGCCGUGAGGCCUUCCACAAUUCAGAGCACCCCGCCAACAAGCGCGUGGCAGAGCUGCUGCAGGCAAGCCGCAGAACGAAGGGAACGGUUGUCGCGCGAAUCGCCGAGCGCACGCCACAGCAGGGGCCUCUUGCAAGAGGCGGUGCCAUUGGCGAGCUGCUGUCCCUGACGGCGCGCGUGCUGAUUCCUUCCUGGGCCUUCAAGGAGGGCGACAUCCGCUUCAACGAGGGCCUGGCGGGCGGCACCAUGAUGGACGCGGGCUGCUACUGCGCAGACGCACUGAGCUUCUUCCCGGGGUUCCCGCCAACGGCGGUGACGUCAGCGGCGGCCAAGGGCGUGCUGCACGGCUGCGACACAGGCAUGGAGGCGCGUGUGGCGUACGGCGGCAAGGGCGGCGGCGCGGGGCAGCUGGUUGGGCGCAUCGAGGCGGACCUGCGCCACGGCGGGCUGCUGCCUGUCACACUCAUCACAGCGGAGGGCACCAGGGGCCGCCUGACCUACGACAAUUUCGUGGUGCCCUUCUUUGGCCACCAGAUCACGCUGGCCCUCGCACCAGACAGGGGGGGCCAGCCCCCGGAGACGCGGCGCAUGAGCGUGUAUGGCAGCGGCGAGAGCAACUACUAUUACCAGCUGCGGCGGUUCACAGACGACGUCGUCGCGCUCAGGGGCGGCACCGGUGCCAGGGCGUUGGCGGAGGUCGAGGCGUCGCUGCAGAAGGAUGCGGCCGACGCUAUUGCCAACAUGGAGCUGGUGGAGGCCAUCUACACAGCGGCGGGGCUGCGGCCGCGGCAGCCGACACACGCCUGGUUUUAG